CAGACGAUCAUAUUUCCCGGGUCUCUAACACGUGAGCAGUGCGUCAUCCACAGAGAUCAGCACCUCGGACAGCGGCGCCUGUUAAAAAAAAAACAAAAAAACCCCACAGCAAUUCAGCGCAAUUCCGCUUUCAGCUCUUUACCGAGAAGUGCAGCAGAACCAAGAAAUGUGUGUAAACGAGUAAAUGUGAUGUUUCUCCUGCCAGCACGCAGUGUACCCGAGGGCUGCUCUGACUCAUUUUGGCAAGACGUCCAUUUUCAAGGAGGGAGAAAAAAAAAAAGCUUGUAAAGGCUGCCAUGAUUUCAUUCCCAGCGACUCCGGACGUGUGAAAGCACCAUCACCUGCUUGGACUAGAAGAUACCAAGAUUCGCCGGAUGGUGCGGGGUUCAGUAUUUUUUUUCCUCCCUCAUUUGAUUUUUUUGCGUCCAUCUUUCUUUUGAACGACGCACAAGCUCGACGGGCCGCUUUAAGGGCGGGAUGGUGGUGGACAACAAAACCGAAACGAGCUGCUGGGAUUUUCUGUUUUUGUAGAGAGUUUGGGCAUCGAUUGUCUUGUGGGGAUUUUGUGCUGUUUUAUUAUUAUAAUUAUCAUUAUUUUAUUUACUAUACUAUAUGUAUAGAAAUGCGAGCUCGAGGGAUCCCGAGUCUGGGGCUGGUCGGAUGGGAGGUGGCAUCAAAACAUGUCCACACACAUCGAUGAAAAAAAUGGCCAGGAAACGAGCUGAAGGAUUCGUCACGAUCAAAUAACAACCAUGAACCAUCAAAAGAGACGUGUAUGACCCCAAUCAUCCUGUUCUCCAGCACUGGAUUUGAGUAAUGACAUGACUGUGGAAUCAUGACUUCUGCUUUUCAGUUGCUUAUCUUUUGCGUCUCCGCGCCUUCGUUUGUGUGAUAAUCGGAUCACAUCACCUCCCUGGUUUUUCAGGGUUUCUUGUUUGUUUGUUUGUUUGUUUUUAAACCCGGGAUCAGGGCAUUGACACGUUUCUAAGCUUGUAGAAACCUUUGGAUCGCUGCUGUGCUUUAAACCAGCGACGCGCCUGCUAUUAUUUAGACACAAAUAUUUUAAAGAGCGCGUCGGACGUUUGGCUUCCGGGCCGGAAAAUCUCUCAUCCGCACUAACAUGCCAUCAGACAGCAACUAAAACGCGUUCUAGACUGUCUCGGGCUGUGAUGUGCUUUCACAAUCUUUUCCCUUAAUUCCCUGAGUAAAGUGUAACAGAAUAAACAGGCCUGGAGCCCAAGAUUACACACCAGUAAUAAUAAUAAUAAUUAAAUAAUAAUAAUAGUAAUUAUAAUAAUAAUAAUUUAUGCCAAAACAAUAAUCCACGCGUCCCCCUUUUUUACAUCUGGCGCACUCCACACGCAUGUAGUGAAAGAUGUUCAAGAACCGGAUCCGCAUGUUUUUCAACGAGCUGAAGCUCCUGGUGUUCAUGCGGUCCGGUCCUCGGCAGCCCAGCGUGGACGCAGGCGGGAGCAUGCGGGGCCUGAGCUCUGUUGGAGGCUGCGGGUGGCGCACGUUCUCCCGAUGCGCCGGCGACCACGACCACGACGCCGAGGAGUACUACGGCAGCGAAGCUGGCGCGAGGCGAAACGCGGCGGCGUCGGGGGGACUGGACGAGCGGGACGCACGGAUGCACGGGAGCGCGGACAGCGUGUCCCUGAGCAGCGGAACACGUACACCCCAGUGCCGCAUCUGCUUCCAAGGACCUGAGCAGGGGGAGCUGUUGAGUCCAUGCCGCUGCGAUGGCUCCGUGCGCUGCACCCAUCAGCCGUGUCUCAUCCGCUGGAUCAGCGAGAGGGGCUCGUGGAGCUGCGAGCUCUGCUACUUUAAAUACCAAGUGCUGGCCAUUAGCACCAAAAACCCCCUACAGUGGCAGGCCAUCUCUCUGACCGUGAUCGAGAAGGUGCAGAUCGCCGCCAUCAUCCUCGGCUCGCUCUUCCUCAUCGCCAGCAUCUCGUGGCUGGUUUGGUCGUCGCUCAGCCCCUCGGCAAAGUGGCAGCGUCAGGACCUGCUCUUCCAGAUCUGCUAUGGCAUGUACGGCUUCAUGGACAUCGUGUGCAUAGGUCUAAUCAUCCACGAGGGUUCAUCUGUCUACCGGAUCUUUAAACGCUGGCAAGCUGUCAAUCAGCAGUGGAAAGUACUGAACUAUGAAAAGGCCAAGGACUUGGGGGAGCCGAUUAGCUCGAGCAGUAAGGCGACGGCGCGUGGUUCGCGCUCCAACCCUCACAGCCUGGGCAGUGGCAGCAGGAGGAACCAGCGCAUACGGAGGCUCAGGACUAUCCUCAACCACCACUGCGGCUACACCAUCCUGCACAUCCUGAGUCAGAUGAGGCCCAGCGAAGCACGCCUCGCCUCCACCUCCAACCGCGAGGUUGUCAUGAGGGUCACGACGGUAUGAGGACGGCGGUGCAUUCGCUCUGAUCUGCCGAGACACGGCGUGCAGAGACUUGUUCUGAGCAGCAGCUGUGCCGAGACUCAUCUGGUGACGUCUCGCUCGUGUUUCUUGGGCGGCGUGAAACACGCACGUGUCAAUAAAUGGGAAUCUGAACAUAAAAAAGCGGGGAACUUUGGAAUUACAUGGUUCAUAAAAAAAGAACAAAAAAAAAAAACCAAAACAAAACCCCCCACCACAAAUACACACAAGAAAGGGAACUGUCUUCGUGAUCUGACACACAAGCGCAUUUUUAUUUCGUCUCCUCUCUGGUGUCGUUUUAUACCACUAUGGUUUUUACUAUGUUUCAUUUUCUAAGGGGAGUGUGGUUUUAUGAACGUACGCUGCUGUACUGAAUAUAACGGCUUAAAAAAAAAAAAAGGACAGUGAUGUUUACCUUCAAUUGAGCAAGAAAUAAAUAAUAAUAAUAAAAACAAAAAACGAACCGUAACCAAACCGUCACAAAUGCACAACAACCAGGGAGCAAAGAAUUCUUUACAAUACCAAUAAAUACAUUUAAUACGAAUAUCAUGAAAGGGGUAGGGUGCAAUAAGAUAAAAAUAGAGGGAUUAUACAGAUUGUUAAGUACAUAAAAUAUUUAAAGGAUUGGGAUCUUCUCUGCAAUAAAGAUACCUGUACAUUUUUGCAGUGAACUUUGCAUGAGGGUAAAGUUUUGUGCCUCCUCGACACGAGGAUAUGAUGAAUCUGUUUUCAUUUCGAAUGGUGCUUGUUUUAAUAAACACUGCUAUUCAUCA